AUGACAAUUGCCAUAAUUUAUAUGGCUGAGGAAUUUAAUUGGAGCCCUAAAAUACAAGGCAUCAUAUCGUCAUCUUUUUAUUUUGGAUAUUUUAUGACCCAGAUUAUAGGUGGUGCGCUUACUGACAAAUUCGGCGGUAAAAGUGUAUUAGGUAUAGCUGCUGUAACUUGGUCACUCUUUACUUUAAUUACUCCAAUUGCCGCUAGAAUCAACUUAUAUGUGCUUAUAAUGUGUAGGAUUUGUUUAGGAAUUGGUGAAGGUGUAUGUUUUCCAUGUGUUCACUCUUUAGUUUCAAAAUGGUUUCCGCCCCAGGAACGAACUAGAGCUGCUUCUGCUAUAUCUGUUUCAAAUUUUAUUGGUUUGGUAAUCGCCAUGCCAAUUUCAAAUUUAUUAGGUUCUAGUCAGUUGGGUUGGGAAUGUAUUUUUUGGGUAUUCUCAAUUAUUGGUUUGAUUUGGUCUGUUUUUUGGCAUUUUUACGGGGAAAGUGUUCCCACUGAUUAUUCAGGAAUUAACAAAGAUGAAUUAGACUGGAUUUUGGAAAACAAAACAUCCAUUAGUAAAUCGACUAAUGAAUCAAUUGAUUGUCCUGAAAACAAAAUCGGUCAUUAUCGAUCAUGUUCUAGUGAAUGUAUUACUAUUACUGACGAAGAGCUUGGUCGUCCUCGAAAUGAAAAUGACAUGUUAUUACCAAAGGGUCGAAUAUCAUCAUCGUCACAUAAAGUACAUAAAAUUCCUUGGAAAUUAUUAUUUUCUCGUCGCGAAGUGUGGGCAAUUAUGAUUGGUUCAUUGUUUAAUGGUUGGAGCCAUUUUGUUCUGCUUAAUUGGUUACCAAUAUUUUUUUACGAUCAUUUUCAUGUAGAUAUUAAUUUAGUUGGAUAUUACACUGUUUUACCUUACUUUUUAUACAUUAUAACGGGAGCUAUAGUUGGUUGUAUCUGUGAUUAUGCGAUUAAUCAACUAAAAAUUCGCGUUUUAACUGUACGAAGAUCUGUUUGUAUAAUUGGUGGCUUUGGAAUGUCAUUAUCUCUAUUACUUUUGGAUAUUGCUCCAAAAUAUGCGGGUUUUGUAUAUGGUUUAGGAGGUACUUUUGCAUUAAUCCCUGCUUUUUUUGGUGUAGCAUUAACCGGUUGGAUAUUAGAAGUUACUGGUAAUGAUUGGAGUAUUAUUUGGAAUAUGUGUUCCUUAUGCUAUAUUAUCGGGGUUUCAUUUUUUGUUUGUUGGGCUGGUGGAGAG